CUCGUACCUAUUCACAACAUCUGGGCCGAGGCUUAGAUUUUGACGCUGAAGUCAUGAUCAUGGCCACUGAGCCACAUGGAUCCGAGGCAAAGCCUGCGGAUAUUCUCAAUGAAGAUAUACACUCACACCAAGCCGAGGCGGCAUUGGACCCUGAAUCCGACGAGGACAUUCCACUGGAGGCAGAGGAACUCAAGGAGGCCCUUGGGCGACCCCCACCAGUGAACAGCAGCUAUCUCCCUCUUCCCUGGAAAGGAAGGCUAGGAUAUGCCUGCUUAAAUACCUACCUCCGCUACGCUACCCCUGCCGUAUUCUGUUCUCGAACGUGUCGAAUCGCCUCUAUCAUCGAGAACCGACACCCCCUCCAAGAUCCCGAACAGCCUGCACACUCGACCAAGAAUCGUCCGGACCGGGAUCAACCGGCCGAUGUUGCACGCGGACAGGCCUUUGUCGAGGCUCUCGGCCUGACAAAUGCGCGUGAUUUGGUCAAGAUCCUUCGCUGGAAUGACAGGUAUGGCAUUAAGUUUAUGCGAUUAAGUAGUGAGAUGUUCCCAUUCGCUAGCCACAAAGAAUACGGUUAUAAAUUGGCGCCGUUCGCCUCGGAAGUGCUGGCGGACGCAGGCCGGGUGGUUGCAGAACUCGGUCACCGUGUCUCGGUUCACCCCGGCCAAUUCACGCAGUUUGGAUCGCCAAGGAAAGAAGUGAUUGAGAGCUCUCAGCGAGAUCUUGAAUACCAUUCGGAGUUGCUUCAGCUUCUCAAACUGCCCCCUCAGCAAGACCGCGAUGCGGUAAUGAUCCUACACAUGGGUGGGGUUUUUGGUGAUAAAGCUGCGACACUUGAUCGGUUCCGAGAGAACUAUUCCAAGUUGUCGCAGGACAUCAAGAAUCGGUUGGUUUUGGAAAACGACGAUGUCAGCUGGUCUGUUCACGAUCUACUGCCAAUCUGCGAGGAGCUUAACAUCCCUCUUGUCCUCGACUAUCACCACCAUAAUAUCAUUUUCGAUUCCAAUGAGCUACGUGAAGGCACGCAGGAUAUUACAGGACUCUAUGAUCGCAUUGCGGCAACUUGGUCUCGAAAGAACAUUACGCAGAAGAUGCAUUACUCCGAACCAACUGCUCCAGCAAUCACACCUCGCCAACGCCGCAAACACAGUGACCGUGUGAAUACGCUACCUCCAUGUGCAGACACCAUGGACCUGAUGAUUGAAGCCAAAGACAAAGAGCAAGCUGUCUUUGAGCUGAUGAGAAAUUUCAAACUCCCCGGCUACGAACGUGUGAACGACCUAAUUCCUUUUAUGCGCCCCGACGAAAACCAACCCUUCAAACCACCAAAAAGGUCGAAGAAAAACGGCGGUUUUGUGGAUCUCGAGGGCUCAAUACCCCCGCCUCGCACCAUCCCAGAGGAAGAAAUUAGCAUGGGUGGACCUGACGGUAGAGUCUACUGGCCCCGGGGCAUGGAAGAAUGGCUCAGACCUGCGAAGAAGAUUGUCAAACCCAAAACAGCCGUGAGUCCGAAGAAAAGCACACCGAAGAAGGUGAAGACCGAGUACAUCGCGGAUAUCCCUCUUGACGCAGCCAAGGUAGAAACCACCAAGAAACCAAAGGCUGCCAAACGCACGACUCCCUCCAAAGCUCGGAGCAAGCGCAAGGCUUCGGUGAUCGAGUCGACCCCUGAGCCGGAGGAGACUAGUGAUGUUUCCGCAGAAUUGGAGAAUCGUCCAUCUCGGGAAUCACUUUCUCGGCGGAGUUCACGUGCGAAGAAGACCCUGGCUCCUAAACCACGCUUCCGCUGGCCCAGCCUCCGGUCGAGGACUCCCCUCUCACAACGCCCACCCACCCUCUUCCCUUCGUUCCCCCGUGAGCCUCGACCUAGCAAGCUCUCACGAAUUCUCCGCCUACUCGUUGGCCCACACGCAAGCAGACGAGCCCAGUCUCGUCUCUGGGGCCUCCGACACGAGACCCUCCCGGCCCUCCGUCACCGGGCACAAUCACGGAUCUACCGAGCAAUCGUCAAACGCCAAGCACGACUCGCAGCGCGCGAUCGCAGACUCGGAGGAGGCAUAGUCUCCUAUCUCCUCGGCCCCCGACGACAGUUGCGCACGUGGAGAGCCAACGCGGCAUCCAGUAUCAAUUCCGCUGCAAGGCAUCCGAAGUCGAUCCUAGCCCGUUCCGGACCGAAGGAAGCCGCGAGAGAUCCAAUGGCACAACCAGGGCUUUCAUCGACAUGGGGACCAGGAGGCGCCGAUGGUGCCGGUGUCACUGGUAGCCGUCGCAAGAAGGUCUUCGAGUACUUCAAGGCUGCGAAUGAGUUGCGCCAGGCCUAUACAUCUCAAUGGUCUGGACAGAGGAACGACCAUGAUGAGGAUUACUACAAUACCCCCGGCGCCUUCCCCGACAUUGAAAUUGCGCGAUCGGGCGACGAAGAGAUGGUUCUUUUCCCGAGUUAUGCUCGGAAACUGACGGAAAAGAAGAAGACCGAUGCUAGCCCCCAUAACGAUGAGGGCUCUACGCCUGAUUGGGAUGACACUGAGACCGAAAAUGCGGUCGUGGCCGUUGACGUGCGUGGCUGGAUCUACGCUCCUGGUCGCGGUCCCAUGAGCCGAAAGCACCGUUUGAUGAUUGCGCUGGCCAGGAAGCUGAGCGGCAUCCCUGCACCAACGGGAACUACCAAUGAUGAAAGCGACGACAAGAUGUCAGGCAAGGGAGAUGAUGAAUACUUGGACAAGCAAAUGCAAAAUUUAGUCGAUACAGCCGAGAAGGAAGCAGACCCGGCUUGGAAGAGUGCACACACGGACAAAGUGCAACACCCUGUACCGCUGAGCAAAGAUGAGCUGUCUAUGGCAAAUGCUCAUCUCAUGGAACGACUCCGUCCAUUCCUCACAAACCCCGUUGCUAGUAUGCCCGUGACUGUUUUCUUCUUCGACGAGAAUGAGAGCAAGUCUCGGAAUAUUACAACGGAUGAAUCGGGUCACUUCACUCUUCGUGCUGCAUUGCCAUUCGUCCCAACUCAUAUUCGUGUGUUGGCAUCCGAGGACUUGUCUGCUGCACGACCAAUUCAGAUCAUCGACCCAGUUGGAAUCAGUUUGAUCAGUGACAUCGAUGAUACAGUGAAGCACUCGGCUAUUGCUGGUGGAGCGAAGGAGAUGUUCCGCAACACAUUUGUUCGUGAAUUAGGCGAACUCACCGUUGAAGGAGUCAGUGACUGGUAUGGGAAGCUUGCCAAGCAGGGUGUUCAAAUCCACUAUGUGUCCAACGCCCCAUGGCAAUUGUACCCUCUCCUCGAACGCUACUUCAAGAUGGUGGGCUUGCCACCAGGCUCGUUCCACCUCAAGCAAUACUCGGGGAUGCUACAAGGAAUAUUCGAACCUACAGCAGAGAGAAAACGAGGAUCACUGGAGCAGAUUUUGCGAGACUUCCCUGAACGCAAGUUCAUCUUGGUUGGAGACAGCGGCGAGGCGGAUCUCGAGGUGUACACCGACAUCGUCCUGGCAAACCCCGGCCGCAUCUUAGGAAUCUUUAUCCGCGAUGUCACGACCUCGGAGCCCCAGCAAUUCUUCGAGAAAUCUGUCGGCCCUCUUGACCCACCCAAGCGCAAUCGCAGUUUCCCGGAUGUAAAAGAUCAGUCGGAUGCUGUCCCCAAUAGACCAGCUCUGCCGCCUCGUGCAUCUCCGUCUCUACCAGCAGUACAUAUACCUUCACCGGACGCUGAACCACAGAGCGUGGAUAUCGAAGACUUGAUUGAUCUUACAGAUCUUAUCAUUGACCAGAAGCCACCCCCAGCUGGACUUACCCACCCUGAUCAACCGCGUCCACCUCCCGUUAAGCCAGUCAAGCCAUCUGCACUGCGCAUGGUUUCCACACCUGCGGACCUACUGAGGGCUAGACCGGCCAGGCCGUCUGCUUUGCGUCAAAGUACUACACCUUCUGAUAUGACGAGGGAGAGCAGUCCCAAGCCAUCACCACGAGAAGCUCCUCAGCGCAAGCCUGUCCCUCCUGUUCCACCGAAGCGUGGAUCUACGCCCAAGACUGAGUCAUUAAUUGAUGCGGGGCCUUCACCCAUUUCUCGCAGCAGCACUACUGGGUCAUCUACGAAUGACACCUCAUCAUCGUUGCUCAGCAACCUCAACGAUGGCUCCUUAAGUUCCCGUUCUCAGUCCCCACCAAGGGGUUCAAAGCAACAGCCACCUCUCCCACCACCCCGUCGCGCAAACACUGCAUCAUCAACCGCCCACUCCGACUCCAGUGGAUCAUCGACACCCCGUCCUGCAGCAAGUAGCAUCCAAUCCUACCCGGCAGCAGCCGCCCAAGCCGCAUAUCAAGGAUUCCAAUAUGCAACCGAGCGGCUCAACCUGUCACAAAGCCCCUCUAAUGGAUCACGACAGUCUCCAGCGGGACCAGAUAACGAAUCGGGCAUGCCUCCUGUGCCACUCCCGAACAAACGCGAGGAACUCUGGCGUCGUCGCUGGGAACGCGCAUCUGAGGUUCUUGAAGAGCAUGGGGUUGUGCUGGGUAGUUGGCGCGUUGGAACCGAUGCCCAGCCUGUUUGUGCAUGGUUAGUGGAGGAGGCGAUUAAAGAUAUGAAGGCCGGUCCUACGAAGAAAGAAUAA